CGGGCGGAGCCGGCAAUGCGGGCGGCCGGCGGAGCCAUGGCGUCCUUCCGCCUUGCUCUUAUCCAGCUUCAUGUAUCUGCUGUUAAAUCAGAUAAUCUCCAGCGGGCCUGUGGACUGGUGAGAGAAGCAUCAGCUAAAGGAGCAAAACUUGUGGCUCUACCUGAAUGCUUUAAUUCUCCAUAUGGAACCCAAUACUUUAAAGAGUAUGCAGAGAAGAUCCCUGGGGAAUCAACACAAAAGCUGUCAGAAGUUGCAAAGGAGUGCAGCAUCUAUCUCAUUGGAGGAUCCAUUCCAGAAGAGGAUGAUGGAAAGCUCUAUAAUACAUGCACUGUCUUUGGGCCUGAUGGUGCUCUGCUGGCAAAGCAUAGGAAGGUUCAUUUGUUUGACAUUAAUGUUCCUGGGAAGAUACAGUUCAAAGAGUCUGAAACACUGAGUCCGGGGAAUAGUUUCUCCAUGUUUGACACGCCAUACUGCAAAGUGGGCCUGGGCAUCUGCUAUGAUAUGAGAUUUGCUGAGAUGGCUCAAAUCUACGGCCAGAAAGGUUGCCAGCUGCUGAUAUAUCCAGGGGCUUUUAACAUGACAACAGGACCAGCUCAUUGGGAACUCUUACAGAGGGGACGAGCUGUUGAUAAUCAACUCUACGUAGCUACUGUAUCUCCUGCUAGAGAUGAAAAAGCAUCCUAUGUUGCCUGGGGACACAGCACUGUAGUAAAUCCUUGGGGUGAAGUCAUAGCCAAAGCUGGGGCUGAGGAAACAGUUGUAUACACAGAUAUAGAUCUAAAGAGACUUGCAGAAAUACGUCAACAAAUUCCUAUUUUAAGCCAGAAGCGUUGUGAUCUCUAUAGUGUAGAGAUGAAAAAGUGAAGAUGGGUGAAGAGGGAAGGUUCAGCUGUCACAAGUGGCUGUUGCCUUCAUCUUUGGAAGGAUUUCCUUAGUAGUUGCUCCACAAUGCACUGCCAAGUGUACCAGUUAAGAAACCACCACAUAAGAACUUGGUGCAAUUCUAAUAUGAUUGAAAUAUAACUUCUGCGUCUCCUCUCAUACUUAAGUAUUUCAUAGUAUUUUACAGCCAGGAUAAAGAUGGAGACGAAAUCAGUUCAACACUGAACUUAAUUAGUGAUUAACAUUGAUUUUUAUGCAUCAUAAUGUUUUAAUUACCUUCUGAGUGUUGUUUUGUAGAACACAGAAAUGGAGAUUGUGUUCUCUGAAACUCCCUCUCAAGUCAGCUUUGGUAUUCUGAAGUUUUCAGUGAAUUAUCAGAAAAUCUAGAAGCAUGGUUCUUCUCACUCUGUCCUUUUUAGAUGUACAUGACUUAACCUAAGUCCUUGAAUGCCCUCCUUCUAACUUGGGAAGCUUAAAAAUUUAACACACUAAGCAAAACAGGCCAAAUUCUGCUCUGCACUACUCAGGACACAGCAAGAAGCUGACAGACAGAGCUGCUCCUAUAGAAGAAUCUGUGACAGUUUUUGGUUCAUGUCUUUUGUCUGGAUCUGUGUAUUAAAUUCUCCUUAUGGCAAAUCCUGCUAGUUGCUGAAGUGACAUGGGUUACUGUGUUACAAUUCACACCUUGCUUUUGCUCUCCGUACUGCUUCCUUAAUAGAAUGUCUGAGUGUGUUUUAAUUCUGCUGCCUGGAAAAGGCAGAGGGGAGUCAGGUUGGAAAACCUGUUGCACUGCGUCCUUCUGCCCGCAGUCUCCCAGAAGACUGCUCCAUGUUUGAGUGCAGUAUUGCCACCAUGGGCAGCUCCCAUCCACUGCAGAGAAAACAUUCCUCACUGUGCUGCUUUUGCAGGAGACCAGCUGAUUGUGAAAGAUGGCUUUAAAAUACUGAAAACCAGCCAAGCAUGUUGCACUUUGGGUUUUGGGGGUUCUUUUGAAGGAAGGUAUCUUUUAAUACAAAAAGAAUUUACAAAUUAUGCUUUUUAUUCCUUGGGAUGAAAAAAAGAAGCAACUUACCAGCCUUCCCUGAUAAGCUUUUCGUUUUCCAGCAGCAUAAAACAGCCAUAAGGCUAAAAGGUAUUUCAAAAUACAAAAAUGGAAGGGAGAGAAGGUUUUGUCUUGAUCUAGCUAACCACAUUUCCCCCAAAACCAUCUUCCUUUUAUUCAUGUUCAGCAAUCUUCCUCUUCCCAGUCUUUUUGGUUUGGUGGGGUUUUUUUGGUGGUGGGUUGUUUUGUUGGGGGUUUUUUGGGUUUUUUUUGGGGGGGGUGGGGGGGGUUUGUUGUUUGUUUGUUUGUUUUGGUUUGGUUUGGGGUUUUUUUGGUUUUUGGUUUUUUGUGGGUUUUUUUUUUUUUUUUGGUUGGUUGGUUAGUUUUUUUGGGGGGGGGUUGUUUUGGUUUUUUGUUUUGUUUUGUUUUAAUUAUUUUGUUUUAAUUAUUUUGGCUUCUCUGCAAUGAGCUUGGUGUGUGUUUUAUAAAGAAAAACAAACACUCAGCCACGCCCUAACACAUCCUUCCCUCAAAAAUCAGCUCCCACCAUUCCACUCGGUGGCAUUCUGUAUCAGCAGGUAUUUUUGGUCUGUACUUUUCACUGCAUUUUGCUGCACUGGAACUUUUAAGAAACAAGCCACAGAGCACAAGGUGAAAUGAAGGUUUAUUUGUUGAAAAAUAAAUAUUAAAAAAUUAACAAUUUA